AUGUCGUCCGCCUUCGAUGAUUUCGUCCAUGUUGGACAUCGUUCUCGCGACCCCGCAGCAUCAUCGUCUCACCGAGGAGGGGGAGGGUCUGUUUCCGAUGAGUUCUUUAAGAACAGCUCCGGAAAGAGACAAUUCACGGAGGGUGUUAUUGCUACUGCCAUCCGCACCCAGCAUCCCAAAUACCACCUUACCAUAGCCCCGACCUACACCAGUGACCUUCUGUCAUUUGGUGCUUCGAGUGAUGAUGUCACUUACUUCAUUCGUGAUGCUGACAAGGCUUUGUUGGAGCGGCAAUUCGUCCCACCAGCUCGAAGAUACAACGACGAGACUGGCGGUGCAUUCGCCGAGCACGUGUCAUUUGCUUCCUACGACUAUGUAUACAAGGGCGAUGCCUUCCUUCUCUAUGUUGUGAAUGGACAAGAUGGCGCCUAUGGAUCCGUAGCUUACAACUACAUUCUCGUCGACGAGUCUGAGAGCCAGGUUUCGGCUCAGAAGAAAGCAGACGGCUUGCUAGCUGCUGCUGCCCGAUGGCAGAUGGAGCUACACGGUGAGGUUCUUGUCUUUGACCAAGGAUAUUGGCAGCCUAAUAGAGAGCUCUGGGAGAACGUACAGAAGUCGAACUGGGAAGACGUUAUUCUGGAGAAGGAAAAGAAGGAGACGAUUAUCGACGAUGUGAUUGGCUUCUUUGAUGCUGAAGACCGAUAUGCUGAGUUUGGAGUUCCAUGGAAGAGAGGUGUCAUUUUCUACGGCCCACCUGGAAAUGGUAAAACCAUCUCCACCAAAGCUCUCAUGCAUGACAUCUCCAAGAGGACCAAAUCCAGCAUCGAAUCACUCUAUGUGAAGACAUUCAACAGCUACGCAGGGCCUGAAUAUGGUAUUCGCCAAAUCUUCGUCAUGGCUCGUCGAAUGGCGCCUUGUCUUCUUAUUUUCGAAGACGUCGACUCCCUGGUUAGCCCAAUGGUUCGAAGUUACUUCUUGAAUGAAGUGGAUGGCCUCGAGUCAAACCACGGGAUACUGAUGAUAGGGAGUACGAACCAUCUUGAAAGACUUGAUCCUGGAAUCGCAAAGCGUCCGAGUCGUUUCGACAGGAAGUAUUUCUUCGAUGUCCCGUCUCGUGACGAGCGCAUCCAGUAUGCUGAUUACUGGCGGCACAAGCUCCGCAACAACAAGAAGGUUGAGUUCCCGAAGGAACUUUCCGUUCGUGUUGCGGAUAUCACAGCGGAUUUCAGCUUUGCAUAUUUGAAGGAGGCCUUCGUCGCUGCCCUGCUGGUCAUUGUAGCUAGACCAGAGGAAAAGAAGCCAAAGUUCAAGCAUCGGGAAGACGAGUUGAGCGGGAAUAUCCUGUGGAAGGAGUUGAAGAAGCAAAUUGACAGUUUGAGAAAGGAGAUGGACGGGGACGAUGAUGAUGAGCAAGCCAUCGGUAUGAGCGGAAUGUGGCCUGCUCUAAACAACAUCCUGGAAGAGAGAACUGAUAGACCCACCUUUGGUCAUCCUGGAAUGGAAAGACCACGAUUUGCGAACGCUUCCAUGCAGGGUCGCCCAUUCCCCCAACCUGGACGUGACAAUAUGGCACGGCCCAUGGACAUCAAUAACGCACCUCCAAUGCCGAGAUACUUCUGA